AUGGCACCCGGCGGCACCCAGGAGGCAGCGCAGGCAGCAUGUUUCCGUGGCAGACGAGGCAGCGAUGAUCCUGUGCUCUGUGGUGAUGAAGGAAAACUGUCUCAUGUCAGUGGUCAUCAAGGCCUGGAAGGAGCUGGAAAAGAGACUCUUUGGCUUUGGAGGUUCGGGUUGCUGACCUUGCUCGGUUCUGUUACUGCAUCGUUGGCCCCUGCUCCAGGCAGCCCACUUUCGGACGAUGAAUACCGGGACUUCUUUCGCAGCCUGUGGCCCCCGUGGAAGGCAGAGGUCUCAUGCACCAUGCGCCAGACAUAUGGCUGCCUUAGCCCAGGAAUCCUGAAGCUGGACCGGGAGGAGAACCACGGGGUUGUCCCCAAAGGGUGGAUCUGCUCCGACUUCCCAGAGAGGAUGCAGUUUGAGAGCUUCUGCCAGUUCGCCCACUACCUCUGCUUCAAAGGCCAGUUCUACGUCAAGCGAAUCCAGUGUCCAAAUACGUCUACUCAUAAAAACCUCUUCCUAGUGGGGCAACAUGAGGCCGUGGGCUAUGGAGUAAAGGAUCAGAGCUCCCCUGUGAGAGAAGCCCCAGGGCAGGCUUCUGUCUCACCUCCUGGUGCCCUGCUGGAGUCUACGGGGCUGCUUCUGCUACCACCAACUGUGCCAUCGCCGGCUGCCCCUGCCCCCUCGCCUCCCAAGCUGGAAUCCCCUGUCCAGGAAGAGACAUCGUGGAAGCAACACCUGUGGAGCAGCAUCUCGAAGCUGAUCUCCUGGGCCCUCUCCACAGAGAACUCAUUGGAUACGCACGGCUCCUCUCCACAGCGCAGCCCGGAGGCAGGGGCAGGGAGCUCACCCGGCACUGCUGAGGAGGCAGCACAGGCACCUGCACCCCAUGGCAGGUGUCUCGCCACGGCUGCCAGAGAAAUGAGAGCUACCGAGUGCUGAGUGAGAAGGAGGGAGAGGAGCAGGUGCAGCUGUGGUGCGAGAAGCCUGGAUAACAGGCUGAUGCACGGGAGCAGGAGGAUGCACGGGAAGCACAGCGCUCCGGGGCAGCCCCUGUUGCAGCGAGAAUUUUGGAGAACCUUCCUGGGACUAUUGGGAGGUCCUAUUGAGGGUGUGAACUCGUAGGUGAGGCCUCCAAAGUUGCUGCAGGAGGGUCCAUUGUUAAAUAAACAACUUACAUAGCUCUAAAAAUGUCAAAUCUCUGGUCUCAGCUGCCCUCCACUCGCCCCUCUCCUGGAGCGUGGCCACAGCCCAGGAAGGUGGAUCAAGGGAAUGGCUGGAUAUCUCUUCUCUUUGAACUAAGGGGGCUGUUGAGGUGCAGCAUUCCUGCAAAGUUCUCCUACAGUGUUCAUUCCCGUGCUGACUGGUCAGCCGAGGUGUUGAUGGCCCAUCUCCACAAUGCUCCCCUUCAAGUCCCGUGCACACUGAAAAAGCUACAGUUAAAGUGACACAGCCCAGUUCUACUGAGAAUGCGACUAGGAUGCAUUUUCUCACAUUUUCUCACACUAUGCAUUACAAAAAUAACACAGAGCUGUUCUACUGAUUACAGCAAUGCGAAACUAUACAAGUAGCAGUGAAAUGCGGAUCGUGCAUGGGACACCUAUUUUGCUUUAGGCCUAUUGAUCAGGCCCUGUCACUUGAGCAUUGGAGAAGGCAUCAGCUUUGUGGACCGGGAUUUGGAGCUGCUGGCCCACACGUCCUUAUCUAAGGUCCACAGCUGCUCUUGGCUCCAUCCUUCUGCAGGCCUAUAGAAGGCAGAGUAAUCUAAAACCAGGCAGUUCUGUUACACUGCCGUUGUAAUAGUAACAAAACCGUUUUAUCAGCAGUAUUCUAAAUGGCCCAUCUUACACAAAGUCAAGCAGCAUUGUAACAUGGGCCAAAAGGAUCGCACAUAUCCUGGUAUGAUUCCCUCGGAAGCCACUCCUGGGGUUUUGCUCAGGGGUUGUUACACACGAUGCCUUGGGUGGUAUUACACCUCCCAUAAACGGUACUAUUCCUGUUUCGGGGAGCUCAGUCUACACUCCUCGCAGCUGUAAUGGGUGGGGUAUCAGGAGGAGGAUUAUGAACACAGGUCCUGUAUGACAUAUGCUUCCACUCCCUUGACCUGUGGGGCUGCAGCCCACAGUCAGGGUAGGAGAUUUCUUUUUGGUGGCAAGCAUAGGAGUCAAUCCAGUCUUGCCGGUCUUGCUGCACUGGGUGCGCUUGUGUGCCUGCUGAUCUCCUGUCAAAAACGGACAAUGCAAAAUCUUCA